AUGAACUUGAUCGCGUACUCAGACUCCGAAUCGGACGGCGAGGCGCCCGCAGCCCCAAAGCCCGCGCUCAAACAGGCCCCGAAGCCUUCCUUCCAGAAAGUCGUCGACCGCUCGAACCCAGGACGGAUCAAGGUCAAUUUGCCAGGCGCAUCACAAUCACGUGCCGAGAGAGACGAUGUCGAUGCAGACGCGCCACCGGCAAAGAAGCCACGUCUAGGCGGAGCGACGGGCGUUUGGUGGCUUUCAAUGCGAAUGCUCCCGUCGCCGAAAGAAGCCUGGGCCGCGGCCGCCAUCUCGAGCGAGCGCAACACCGGGAAAAGAGGGCGCCUGGGCAAGGGAAAGAAGAAGAAAUCCAAGGCAGAAACCCCUACAGAGGCUCCUCAGCAGCCAUCCGCCCCAGCCCCGAAGGCCGCCGCACCACGAUUCGUGCCCAUGUCGGUAGGCAAAGGCAAGAAAAAGAAGCCCAUAGUGCCCAAAUCUGCAGCUUUACCAACUAGCACCGCAAAAGCGACAGACUCAGACAUGUCUUCAUCCCAGCCAGUGGCCGCGCCUGCGCCUCCAUCUCGGAAGCCGAAAGUUUCGCUGUUUGGCGUCGCUCAAGAAGCAGACACUUCAACGAACGCGUCGUCUGGUGGAGUUUACCAACCAAUGCUGUACGGCACAGAAGAAGGAGGAGAUGCACCAGUUCCUGGCGAAGCUUUCGAGGAGCAACACACAUAUCAACCAACUCUACAAGCACAGGCUGGAUCCAGCGCGUCAGCGCCACACGAUUUGACCGGUAUAGCUUCGGAGCUGAACUUAUCAGAAGCAGAGCGGCGCCAGCUUUUCGGCAAACGAGGGCAGGCGGACUUCUCUUCAGCAAAGAUUGUCGAGUUUAGCACAGACACAGAGUAUGCCUACAACGAAAAGUUGCGUCAACAGGGUGAGCAGGUACAGCACAAUGCGCUCAAAUCCAUUUCUGGUACGGGCAAAAACAGUCUACGAAGCUUGAUCAAUGUCGCAUCAACACAGAAGGAUGCAUUGGAGGAGCAUUUCGCCACUAGUUACAGGAACAAGAAGGAGGCCGGCAACAAGUACGGCUGGUAG